UGCUUCUAGAUUAGUUGUGGGAUAUAAGAAAUCUGUGCUGCUAGCUAACGUUCCACAGCUGUCGCCAGCGAGUUUAACGGCCGGAAAAGACCAGCAGUCCCCGGCUUUCAAGAUAACAGAACUGUCGGGAGAUUCUCAACACUUUAAGAGAGAAAGUUUACACUCAACGAUCACUGCGGGUAACCUUUUUGGCCGCAAUCCGACGGCAAUGCUCUCGUCUAAAUAGCUGUCGUGGAGGUCGAGGAUGGCCGCAGACGUGGAUAAAACAUCCCCCGAGGAUAGGAGCAACAUUUCACCGCAGAAUGGGCAUCAGAGUCCGGGCUCUGGAUCCCGGAUCUCCAAGGGGCUGUGCACUCUGCUUUUAGUCGCUGCCGUCCCUCUUCUCGCCUUUGGGAUCAAGUAUUACCAAGAUGCCCUGCUGCUCAAACGUCAUGAAGAGAGUGUUCGGACUCUGGGUGCCGAGGGGCUUUUCCUUUUCUCCUCCUUAGAUACCGACCAUGACCUUUAUCUCAGCCCGGAAGAGUUUAAACCUAUUGCUGAAAAACUCACAGGAAUUACACCCCCUGUGGAUUUUGAGGAGGAGGUUACCCAUGACCCCAAUGGAGAGACUUUAACCUUGGAGGCCAAAAUGCAGCCUCUGAUGCUGGACUCCAUGACAAAAAGCAAGGAUGGUUUCCUCGGGGUGUCUCACAGCUCUCUGAGCGGGCUGCGGUCUUGGAAGAGCCCAGCAGUGCCUUCUUCUUCCUUCUUGGCCAGCCAGUUCAGGGCCUUCUUGCCCCCGAAGAAUAAAGUCGAGGUGGGAGACACGUGGUGGGUGAUUCCUAGCGAGCUCAACAUCUUCACUGGGUACUUGCCCAACAAUCGUUACCACCCUCCCACACCGAAGGGCAAAGAGGUUCUCAUCCACUCCUUGUUGAGUAUGUUCCACCCGCGGCCCUUCGUCAAAUCACGCUUUGCUCCUCAGGGCACAGUCGCCUGCAUUCGUGCCAGCAACGACUUCUAUUAUGACAUCGUUUUCAGGAUUCAUGCAGAAUUCCAGCUCAAUGAUGUUCCAGACUUUCCCUUCUGGUUCACUCCGGGGCAGUUCACUGGAAACAUUGUUCUGUCUAAAGAUGCAUCUCACGUCCGUCACUUUCACCUCUACGUCCCGAAUGACAGGUCUCUGAAUGUGGACAUGGAGUGGCUGUACGGGGCCAGCGAGAGCAGCAACAUGGAGGUGGACAUCGGAUACCUGCCACAGUUAGAGCUGGAGUCCACAGGCCCGUCCACUCCCUCCAUCAUCACGGAUGAGAAGGGCAACAUCAUCGACAGUCGAGACGGCAGCAGCGAGCCAAUCCAGUUUGUCUUUGAGGACAUCCACUGGACCUCGGAGCUCAGCCGGGAAGAAGCCGCUCGACGCCUGGAUGUCACCUUCUACCCCUUCAAGAAGGUGUCCUAUCUGCCUUUUUCAGAGGCCUUUGAGCGAGCCAAAGCAGAAAACAAACUGGUGCAUUCCAUUCUGCUUUGGGGAGCAUUGGACGACCAGUCCUGCUGAGGUUCAGGGCGAACUCUCCGGGAGACAGUCCUGGAAAGUUCGCCCGUCCUGGCCCUGCUCAACCAGAACUUCAUAAGCAGCUGGUCUCUGGUCAGAGAGCUGGAGAACAUGCAGGCUAAUAAGCAGAACCUCGAGUUGAGCGAAAAGGCCCGAUUACACCUGGAGAAGUACAGCUUCCCUGUGGAGAUGAUGGUGGCACUGCCCAAUGGAACUAUUGUCCACCACAUCAAUGCCAACUUCUUCCUGGACCAGACCGCCAUGAAACCGGAGGAGGAAGGAGCAACUUUCAGCUUCUCUGGUGGGUUUGAGGACCCCUCCACAUCCACGUAUAUCAACUUCCUGAAGGAGGGGUUGGAAAAAGCCAAGGAGUACCUGGCACAGUAAUUUGUGUGAGGAGGAAAUGAUAGUCAUUCCUCUGGGUAAUGAUCCAAGAGAAGGAAAACCCUCCAGCCAUUAUGUAGAAACGCUUUCAUCAUCGGCGUUGGCAGCUGAAAAAAACAUUUAUGCCUUCUGUCAUCUUUGGUACUAUUUAUUUGGUUGUCUCAGAAAGUUUUAUAUACAGUAUUUGUAUUGUGACAACUAGGCCAUAGAAAUGAACCACAGAGAAAUAUCGCCUCUCAAACCUGCUGUGACGGUCAGUAUAGAAUAAUUUCAUGACAUACUAUGCUUUGCACACUGAGCAGUAACAGACACAUAAACACAUUUAGAUCUGCUCCCUCUGCUUGUAGCUGCUGAUUUAUGGUGACAGUAUAAACACAGGCCAUUCCUAAGCACUAUAAACGUGCUACAUUUUUUUGUUUGUUUUUAAAUAUGUCCUGGUGUUGCAUGUGCAAUAUUUAAUGGCAAAGUGAGCUUUCCUGCUGCUGAGCGUGCCCAGAGAUGGAGCCGGAGCAGUUGUUCCCUUUCGUAGCUGCGUUUCAGCAGUUUGUGAAGACUUCGCCUGAAAGCUCUCUCCGGGCUGGGCGACGUCUGAUGUUAUUGCUGAGGCUGCUGGAGGGAACACCCUCCUCUGACUCAGGGGACAAAAGGCAGCAGGAAAUACUUUACUGGACUGUGGCACAUAAGAAGCAUUAAUUCUGUUUUUUGUUGUUGUUGUUGUUGUUCUUCUUAUAUUAUGAGUUUAAAACCAAAUGUUGAAUAUUUUGCAGGUUUUCUGUUUUGAAGAUAAUGUGACCACACCAAAGAUUGUUUUUUAAGAAGAAAUCAAUCCGAUAGGUUGCUUACCACUUGGUCCAUAUUUAUGUUUUAUAUGUUUUUAUGUAACCAAAUCCUCUUAUGUUUGCAAAACAGCUGAGAGGCACAUGAUACCGUGUGCUGUUGCUAUUCUCUUUUAGGCUCCAGUCAAAAUAAUGAGUUUGCUUUAGCCUUUAGCUAGAUGAGAGGAAAUCCUCAAUGGUAAAAAAAUAACAUGCCAAUCUGCACCCACCAUUAGCAGUUAUUUUCACAUUUUCAGUCAAGUUUCCUCAUGAAGUCCUCAUAUGUAUUUAGUGUAAAAUGGAACUAAAUCAUAAUGAAUAACAUUAAGUUGGAAGGUGACACGGUCCACAUGUCAGGGUCAUACAAGGUCCAUGUCAAACAUAUGCCUGCUUGGAGCCUUUAGAGGGAACACUGUUAUUCUGUAAUUCCUACGAGUGCCAUUUUCACAACGGUGAAGUAAAACCUUUUUUUUUUUGUUUUUUUUUCUUUAAACAAACUGACUUGUGUUUGUUGUUUUUUGCCAACAUCAGUCACAGUGCAUUUUAACAAUCAUUCACAAAUUUGAAAUUAAAAUUAACAUUUUCCACUU